AUGUUUUGAGCUGUUUGUUAUCAUUUUAGAAAGAAAGAGAAAAAGAGUGUAUUCAUUUAUUUACUUAUUUAGGAGAUAGUUGAAAGAUGUUGGGUGUUUUCAGUAGUUCAAUCGUCUCACCACCAGAGGAGCUGGUAGCAGCCGGAAGUCGAACGCCAUCACCGAAGAUCACGGCCAAGGCGCUCGUGAACCGGUUCGUUGAGAACAACGCCUCCACGGUGUCGAUGGAGAUCGGAGACGAUGUUCAAUUCGCGUAUACUCACCAGAACGAGUCGAUCACUCACCCGAGAUCUUUUGCGGUAAAAGACGAGAUAUUUUGCUUGUUCGAAGGAGCACUCGAUAACUUGGGUAGCCUAAAGCAACAAUACGGGCUUUCCAAGUCGGCCAAUGAGGUCAUUUUGGUCAUUGAGGCUUAUAAGGCUCUCCGUGAUCGUGCACCUUAUCCUCCAAAUCAUGUCGUGGGCCACCUUAACGGGAAUUUCGCGUUUGUUGUCUUUGACAAGUCGACCUCCACUUUGUUUGUCGCCACCGAUCAAUGUGGUAAGGUUCCUUUGUAUUGGGGAAUCACAGCCGAUGGGUGCGUUGCAUUUGCCAACGAUGCUGAUCUGCUGAAAGGUGCCUGUGGCAAAUCACUUGCUUCUUUCCCUCAAGGAUGCUUCUUCUCCACUGCGGUUGGAGGGCUCAGAUGCUACGAAAAUCCCAAGAAUAAAAUCACAGCCGUUCCUGCAACUGAGGAAGAGAUAUGGGGGGCAAAAUUCAUGGUGGAAGGGCCAUCUAUCAUCACAGCCACAGAGUAAACAUCCACAAUCUUAAUGUGAUGUUGGGUGUGGAACCAUAAAUAGAUUUUGAUUUUUAGAGUUGCUUUUGUUUGUAUGUUGUACAGAGACAUGUUGGUUGGUUGUGUAAUAAAGGUUGGGUAAACAUGUAUGUAUAAUAUGGGUAUGUUGUCAAUGUGUGUGUGUAUGUGGGGUUUUUGGUGUUAUUGCAAGGUCUGAAUUGGAAUUUAAGUUGUUGUACCUUUUUAUAAUUCCACAUUUGAGAAUUAUGGCGGAUCUAAAA